AUGAAGGCCAUCAUUCAACGGGUCCUCUCAGCAUCUGUCACCGUCGACAAGGAGGUAGUGUCGUCCAUCGGCAAAGGGAUCUUGGUAUUUGCCGCUGUGGCCCCCAAUGAUACCGAGAAGGAGAUGAACGCCAUUGCGGCCAAAGUCACAAAAAUGAGGUUGUGGGACGACGAAAAUGGCGCCAAGGUUCGUUCUGCAUCUUCAAGAACUUGUACUCUUGGUUCUGACAAGAUGCAGUGGAAGGAAUCCGUCAAAGACAUAGGUGGCGAGAUCCUGUGCGUCUCACAAUUCACACUCCUUGCUCGCACAAAAAAGGGCACCAAACCUGACUUUCACGGGGCCGCCAACCCGGAAGACGCAAAGCGGUUAUACGACCACUUUGUCGGCGCUGUGAGGAAGGAAUACGAGUCCGAUCGGGUUAAAGACGGAGUGUUCCAGGCGAUGAUGGAGGUCGCCUUGGUGAAUGAUGGUCCGGUCACGCUAGAGCUGCAAGCCGGCGAGAAGAUAGAAUAG